AUGCUGCACACACUUACUGUCAUUUCUUUGGCUGCAUCAGCCGUCGCUUCAGCAGCUGCUGCACUGCGACCAUGGAAAGCCGCAGGCCCGGACGAUUCUCGCAGUCCCUGCCCCAUGGUGAACACUCUCGCGAACCACGGAUAUCUACCACACAACGGCAGAAACCUCUCGGUUAAACACUUUGGCGAUGCCGUCGUUGAAGCUCUCAACACCGUCCCCGCGUACGGCACCAGGCCCGCGAGUGUGUUCAUUAAAGGCUGGGGCAAAGACUCCUUUGACCUCGAGGACCUCAACACGCCGGGGAUCCUGCAGCACAUCAGCUCCUUGUCUCGCGAUGACAUGACGCCCAUGGAAAGGAAUAUCGCUGUCGACGUUGCACGGGUGUCCGCCCUCCUGGAAGACAGCCCGACCGACUACGUGGACGCAGCGUCCAUGGCGAAGAGUCGCCUCCGUGUGGAAGCGUUGUCGGAGCCUGAGAGACUAUCGAGCCGGGAACAGCUGUUGGCUUACAUGGAGGCUAGUCUGGUGCUUAUGAUGAUGAAGGAGGGUGAAGUGCCGCCUGCGUUUAGUUUCCCCUCGGCGAAGACUUGGAUUGCGCCAAAGGAGCGCGUGAGGGUGUGGCUGACGGAGGAGAGGUUGCCAGAUGAGUUGGGGUGGAAGCGCUCAGAGCGAAAGCUGGGUGUGCUGGAUUUGGUGCCGAUUAUGAAGGCUGUCUUUGAUGAGAAGAGGGCGCAGAGCGGGAAGGGACCGCUUUGGAAGUCUUUUUUGUCGUUAUUUGGGGGUUCGCGAGAUGAGUUGUAG